GAGAGCUUCACAGGGCCUCGUUGCGAGCGAUGCGCGGCGGACCUCUACGGGCCCAACUGCUCCGUCUACUGUACGGCCAACGGGACUUGCAGCGGGCAGGGCGUCUGCCGGGAGAGCGACGGGGGCUGCGAGUGCGAGCUGGGCUGGGGAGGGCGCUGGUGCAACGUAUCUAACACCUCCGCGACGGUAGCGGCGCCGUCAGGCUGUCUGUCAGCCCGAGACUGUAACGCUACAGCAGGCCGGGCGCUGUGCGUCAACGGGUCCUGCGUGUGCAAGGAGAGCUUCACAGGGCCUCGUUGCGAGCGAUGCGCGGCGGACCUCUACGGGCCCAACUGCUCCGUCUACUGUACGGCCAACGGGACUUGCAGCGGGCAGGGCGUCUGCCGGGAGAGCGACGGGGGCUGCGAGUGCGAGCUGGGCUGGGGAGGGCGCUGGUGCAACGUAUCUAACACCUCCGCGACGGUAGCGGCGCCGUCAGGCUGUCUGUCAGCCCGAGACUGUAACGCUACAGCAGGCCGGGCGCUGUGCGUCAACGGGUCCUGCGUGUGCAAGGAGAGCUUCACAGGGCCUCGUUGCGAGCGAUGCGCGGCGGACCUCUACGGGCCCAACUGCUCCGUCUACUGUACGGCCAACGGGACUUGCAGCGGGCAGGGCGUCUGCCGGGAGAGCGACGGGGGCUGCGAGUGCGAGCUGGGCUGGGGAGGGCGCUGGUGCAACGUAUCUAACACCUCCGCGACGGUAGCGGCGCCGUCAGGCUGUCUGUCAGCCCGAGACUGUAACGCUACAGCAGGCCGGGCGCUGUGCGUCAACGGGUCCUGCGUGUGCAAGGAGAGCUUCACAGGGCCUCGUUGCGAGCGAUGCGCGGCGGACCUCUACGGGCCCAACUGCUCCGUCUACUGUACGGCCAACGGGACUUGCAGCGGGCAGGGCGUCUGCCGGGAGAGCGACGGGGGCUGCGAGUGCGAGCUGGGCUGGGGAGGGCGCUGGUGCAACGUAUCUAACACCUCCGCGACGGUAGCGGCGCCGUCAGGCUGUCUGUCAGCCCGAGACUGUAACGCUACAGCAGGCCGGGCGCUGUGCGUCAACGGGUCCUGCGUGUGCAAGGAGAGCUUCACAGGGCCUCGUUGCGAGCGAUGCGCGGCGGACCUCUACGGGCCCAACUGCUCCGUCUACUGUACGGCCAACGGGACUUGCAGCAGGCAGGGCGUCUGCCGGGAGAGCGACGGGGGCUGCGAGUGCGAGCUGGGCUGGGGAGGGCGCUGGUGCAAUGCUUCGAAUGCUUCUAGUUUGACUGGAUGUUUUUCUCUGUCGAAAUGUAGCUCAGUGUCCGGAUAUGCAUUUUUUACAUGGUUGUGGUUUGGGGCAUUUGGGCGUUUGCUCACCAUGUUCUGUGUGUUCUAG